AUGGCGUCUUCCAUGGGUGGGAUGUUUCCUGGCCAGCAGUCCUCUGGCCAGAUCCCCGUGGGUGGUGCGGGUGGACCGGGUCAGCCAGGCUUUCCUGGUCCCGGUGGUUUUCCUCCGAGGGCCCCCGAGAACAACACCCUGGUUGACGAGCUGGAGGCUUCGUUUGAGGCUUGCUUUGCAUCCCUUGUGAGUCAAGAUUUUGUGAAUGGAACUGACCAGGAGGAGAUUCGGACGGGUGUGGAUCAGUGUAUCCAGAAGUUUUUGGAUGUGGCUCGGCAAACUGAGUGUUUCUUCUUGCAGAAACGACUUCAAUUAUCUGUUCAGAAACCUGAGCAGGUGCUGAAGGAGGAUGUGUCCGAGUUGCGGAAUGAGCUUCAGAGAAAAGAGAUGCUGGUCCAAAAGCAUUUGGCCAAACUGCACCACUGGCAACAGGUCCUUGAUGAUGUCAGUGGACAGCAGCGCAAGCCCACAGAUCUACCUCCACCAGGACCACUAGCGUUUCUCGAGCAAGCUUCUGCCAGUCUGCCCCCUGCCCCGUUAAAGCCCAACUAA